GCGUCGAAGUCUGCGCACUUGCCGUUCCCAUCCGCGUGUCGAUCCAGGAGCACAUCCGUUGGAAGCUCGCGAGUGGAGAACCCCACAAGCGACAUGACGCCCGAAAAGAACCAGUACCCUUCCCUCCUCGACGUCUCUCGCAACUACAUGGAUCUUCCGCCCGGCACGGUGGCCAAGCUGCCUCAAGGUGUGCCGGGAUUGCCAGACAUCGAGUACCCCUCGACGUUGCAGCUCGACUUCGGUGAACCCGCUUUCAUCCCCACACCGAACACACAGGCAGGCACAGCCUCCUCCAGCUCUUGCCCAACCAGUCGAAUCGGGGCUCCUCCUGGGUUGGAGCCGAUGUUGGACGAGGGGCGACUUACCAACUCCUGUCCGGCGAGCAUAGUGGAGUUUCUCCCAGGCUUGGAGGACGAAGCCCUGCCUUUUGUCAUCCCGAAGAUGCAGGCAGUGGUACCGCCCCCUCCGGUCGCACCACCUGUCCUCCCAGGAUCGCUCCAAUUCGAGCCCAUGGAUCCCCCAGCCGAUUCCGUGGAACCCAGGGAACCCCUGGGGUUGCCCGCUUAUGUGGACUUCACGGGCAUGUGCGUGAGCCUGGGCUCAGCGGGCCAUGGCUUGGGCACCUGCAAGCCCUGCGCUUUCUUCCACACGAAAGGCUGCUCGAGUGGCAAGAAUUGUACUUUCUGCCACCUUUGCCCUCCGGGUGAGAAGAAGCGUCGAGCGAAGAUCAUUAAGAUGGCGGCCAAGCUCGGCACGCUGCAGGGUGCCGAGCAAGGCGAGCAGAGUCCUUUACCAGAGACUCUGCUCCCUGCGCAACUGUUUGAAGAAGCCCUCAAAGCCUAA